AUGAAUUAUCAAUCCAUCAAACGCUUGCAGGAGCUUCCUGACCUGCAUGUGCUCGCAGUUUCCCGAGCUUCAUUGCGCCUGGUUCAAGCUGCCUACAACGAGAAUCCCCUGGAACUGACGGAUGAGGUUCUUGAGAAUGCCUUUCGCUGGGGAGCACCCCGUGAAGUCCUACGUUUUCUAGUCGAAAAGAAAGGGCUUGAAGAGUAUGAGAUCUGUGAGUUGGUGGCCAAAAUAUUCCUGGAAGCCAUUCCUUUUCUGCGGUCAAUCAACAACAUGAGAUCCACAGAGGUUGCAGUUAACCUUACAGAACUGGCCCAAGCUUUUCCCGAAGCAAUUUCGAACCCACACAGCUCAAUCCCCCAUUGUCCACUCAGCAUUGUCCUAUUUUCCAAUUCGUUCCCUCGGAAUUUGUUGGACUCAAUGAUAGCAAACUUGCCAGAAGAAUCCCUCUUCCACUUGCGUGAUGACCAUCUUUUGCCAGAAGAUGAAUCGUUCCGCGACAAUAUGAGGACAUAUCUGGAUUCCCAUUGUAUGAGAGCUGUUGGUACCAUUAUGGAGAAAGUAAAAGAAUUCACCAUAUGCCGCGCAGACUUGACAAAAGAAGAGUUCGCACAGUUGAUGACAAUGCUCUGCCGGAAAACCAACAAAAUAGAGAAAGUGUACAUCAAUUGUCGUGCACUCGAGCACAUUGCAAAUGCUGGGUCUUUGGAGGAUGCCAUUGCUCCAGCUAGACAAAUGCUGGAAGACAGUGAAGGGAAAUGCCCAAUCAGAACCUUUUCCAUUCGCUAUCCAAGUGGGCAUCCUCCACCUGAUUUUUCUGUGCACAGCUUACUGCCGCAAAUGAAAAAUCUCACAUGUUUGGAUAUUGAAAGCCCAAACAAAGUCACUCUAGGGCUCUGCGAAUUUCUCUGUGACCUAGUAGUGCAGGGUGGACUCCAGGAGCUUAAUGUGGAUGGUAGAACAGAGGAAGAAGACCUGUUUCUGCCACUUCUGGAUGCUGCCGACAAAAGUGAUACUCUGACAGACCUCCGGCUGCAAAAUCUGCAUAACCAAGCAGAGGUGACACUCUACCAGGACAAGAUACUUCAGAUUCUGGAGAACAAUACCCAACUGGAAGUGGCUUUGGUUUGCAAGAGUCUUGUAACAGGCGGUGUACUGUUUGAAUACAGUGGAAAUUUGAUGAAACUGCACGUCAACAAGGCAUGCUUCCUAGAUGGGACAGAAGGGGACAGCAAGCAGAGACUGAUAGAUUACCAGACACUCUUGAAUAUCUGUGGCCGUGGGUGCGUGAAAGCAGAAAGCAUCAGACUCAAUGAAUUUGUUGGCUUGAUCCCAAGUGAGCAGAUUUGGGACAAGAUAGAUUAUCUGGAUUUCACUGGUGAAGCUAAGCAGACCCUGAUUACACUUCUACAAUAUGGGCUACUCCGUCAACAGCCUGCGGUGUGGUCGCAAAAGGAAACAAAGCUGGCUGUUUGCAAUGACACUGAGGCACCCACCCGCAAGCGCAAGGCCGCGGGGCCUCCUGGUGGAUCUUCUCUGCAAGGGUGA